ACGAGCGCCUCAUCGGGCCGGCCGUGCGGGCCACUGUCUGACGUCACAAAUCCACCAUUGAAGACGCCGCGGCCUAGAGCGGCCUCCCCGCAGAGACAAGGAAAUGCAACGAGUGCCUCGCGCAGCGCUAAAGGCCAUUGGGGCAGGGCGGACACGGGCCAGUCUUUGUGACGUCACGAAUCCACCAUCGAGGACGCGGGCGGGCUAGAGCGGCCUCCCCGCAGAGGCAAGAAGUCCGACAAGCGCCUUUCGCCGCGCCAAAGGCCAUUCUAUGACGUCACGAAUCCACCACCGAGGACGGUGCGCAGCCUAGAGUGGCCACCCCGUAGAGCGUGAGGCCGGAAAUCCGUCCGUCGCUUCCGGAAACGAGCCGGAAGCCUUUUCAUUCUUACCGAGAAGCGGCUCCGAGACUGUCCGCUUUUCUAUUCUCUCUCUCGUUCUCUGGCCUAAUUUCCCUCCCCCGCCCGCAGCCGGCGCCUUCCGAGGACGAGGGCGGGCGGAGGGCCGAGGGAAGCGCCGCCAUGUCGGUCCCUGCCCCGGGCUGCAGCCUGAAGGACGAGCUGCUGUGCCCCAUCUGCCUGGGCCUCUAUCAGGAGCCGGUGAGCUUCGGCUGCGAGCACUACUUCUGCCGGCGCUGCAUCUCGGAGCACUGGAGCCGCCAGGAGGCCCAGGCGGCUCCGGCCCGCGACUGCCCCGAGUGCCGCCGGGCUUUCUCCGCCCCCGCCCUGGCUCCCAGCCUCAAGCUGGCCAACAUCGUCGAGCGCUUCACCGCCUUCCCGCCCGAGGCCGCCCUGGGAGGCGCCGGCAGGGGAGGCCGAGGCGGAGGGACGCCCUGCGGGAAAGCCCACGCCAAAGUCCGCCUCUUUUGCCUGACCGACCGCGCCGUCGUCUGCUUCUUCUGCGACCGGCCCGCCCUCCACGAGCAACACCAGGUCACCGGGCUGGACGAGGCCUUCGAGGAGAUGCAGAGGGAGCUGAAGGAGCAGCUGCAGACCCUCCAGGACAGCGAGCGUGGGCACACGGAAGCCCUGGUUCUGCUGAAGCAUCAGCUGGCCGAGACCAAGUCCUCGGCCAAGGGAUUGCGGGCCACCAUCGGUGAAGCCUUUGAGCGGCUGCAUCGGCUGCUCCGCGACCGCCAGAAGGCCAUGCUGGAGGAGCUGGAGGCCGACACGGCCCGGACUCUGACUGACAUCGAGCAGAAGAUCCAGCGCUACAGCCUGCAGCUGCGUAAAGUGCAAGAAGGUAGCCAGAUCCUGCAGGAAAGACUGGCGGAAACCGACAAGCACAACUUCCUGGCGGGCAUCGCCUCUCUCUCGGAGAGGCUGAAGGGGAAGAUCCACGAAACGAGUCUCACCUAUGAGGAUUUCCCCACAUCGAAAUACAUGGGGCCUCUGCAGUACACCAUCUGGAAAUCCCUGUUCCAGGACAUCCAGCCAGUGCCUGCCACGCUGACCCUGGACCCGGCCACCGCUCACCAGCGCCUGAUCCUCUCCGACGACUGCACCCUCGUCUCCUACGGCAACCUGCACCCGCAGCCGCUGCAGGACUCGCCCAAGCGCUUCGACGUGGAGGUCUCGGUGCUGGGCUCAGAGGCCUUCAAUGGUGGCAUCCACUACUGGGAGGUGGUGGUCUCGGAGAAGACCCAGUGGAUGAUCGGGCUGGCCCACGAGGCCGUCACCCGCAAGGGGAACAUCCAGAUCCAGCCCAGCCGCGGAUUCUACUGCAUCGUCAUGCACGACGGCAACCAGUACAGCGCCUGCACUGAGCCCUGGACGCGGCUGAACGUCAAGAGCAAGCUGGAGAAAGUUGGGGUCUUCCUGGAUUACGCCAAGGGGCUGCUCAUUUUCUACAACGCCGACGACAUGUCCUGGCUUUACACUUUCCGGGAGAAGUUCCCGGGGAAACUCUGCUCCUACUUCAGCCCCGGGCAAAGCCACGCCAAUGGGAAGAACGUGCAGCCGCUCCGGAUUAACACUAUCCGCAUCUGAGGACUCCCGGUUGCGGAACGGUGAAAUCGAUCCCGAUGCGGGCAACGCGUGAGCUGCUCUGGGAUACCAUUCCGAGCUGCCAGGGACUGAACAAAGCAAGGGGAGCGGGGGACCCACUUGGUGUGAGGAUUCCCCUAGGGCAGAGCAUGGGAAGUGGCGCUAUGGACGAUGGCCCUUGGGACUCCUUCCUCAGGGGUUCUACGACAUUCGCCGCUCUCCGAUGCAGUGAGGAAGGAUAUAACGUGGGAGGGUCUUUUAAGAGGCAGGGAUAUCUGGUGUUCUGGUCAGCCUUGUUCGGGCAACUUUAUUAUUAUUAUUUUUUUUUGGCAUGCUUUUUCCCCAAAGUUCCCCCAUCCCAUCAUUUUUGCAAAACUGGGGAGAGGGAGGGAAGGGUCAAUGCUACGGAAUGUAGCUCGUUUUAAUUCCUGCUUUUAAGCCGAGCAGGAAGCAAGAGAGGGGAACAAGCGGACCAGUCAGAAAAUAAACAGGGCUAACAGGUCUUAAUUCUCAACGGGAGGUUUGUGUCGUGACUUGCGCAGGAUGUGUUUGUUAUUUAUUAAAAAGGGUGGGGUGGGGGGAAUAGAAUUAUUGGCUGCUUGCAGUGCAAAACGGGAAGCCUGGUUCUGUAUUUGCCAGCCUCCACAAAGACUGAGGGACGAGGUUGCAUUAGAUGCAACUUAUUGCACCUGACUGCUGAAUGAAUUCAUUCCUGUUCUGGGAAUCUUCCACAUGCGAAGCCAGGAGGAGGUGUGCUGACUAAUCGAAAGCCCACCGUGCGGUUAAGCAAACCUGUCUUGGGGGCAAGAUACUCUCCCCCCACCCUCCGUUUCAGAAAUCCCACCCGACCUCAAUAGUUAGUGAAGAGAAAGACCAGGGGAGACAGGAUAGCAGUCUUCCAAUAUUUGAGGGGCUGCCCCAGAGAGGAAG